AGGGAACUCAAUGGUCUUCGGAAGUAAGUAGUUGAAAUUGAGAUUACAGCAUUACGUGGUUAUGUAGACAGAGCUGAUGCAUAUAAGCCUAGGGCAUAGCUCAUAGCUAGUAGAUUACAUAGCACUAUAUGGCGUGUGGGAAUGUCCCCUGGAUACGGCAGGUACAAUGUACAGCACCGUGAGACGACGCCUAACGUCUGUGUGCAUUAAUCCUCGCAAUCGAUCGCAGCACUGGGUCUGUCCAUAGCAAGGAGAGAAGAGGACUUAUUUCCAGGCAUCGUGAUGUCGUCGCUGAAAUGCAGCGGAGUGCGUUGCCACCAUGCCGGCUUGUGCGGCUGUUCAGGCGGUGUCAGACGGUGUUGUCUCCCGAUGGUAGCGUUUCUUGUCAUCGGUUGGACGGUCCGGCCGACUUCUACCUUCUUGGUGGCUGAUCACAUGGUGGACGUUCCAAUCGGCGCAGUGUUUGAAUCAAACGGGAGCACGUUAGACGAGGAGGCGUUCCUGUACGCCGUGGCACAGAUCAACCAGGGCCGGACUGUCCUUCCUAAAGCACGGCUGGUCCCGCACGUGGAGCGGCUUCAGUCGCCUGACCCCUUCCUGGCCAUCCAAACAGGAUGCUCCCUGCUUGGUAAAGGCGUGUCCGCCAUGUUGAGUUGCACGUCCUGCCCAGCCAACUACGCGCUACAGACGGUGGGGAACUCCCUGCACAUCCCGCACAUCUUCGUGUCGCGUGAUGACAACUGUCGAGUCAUGUACAGCAAGGGCUACACACUGAGCAUGCGCCCUUCACAAGAGGAGGUCGAUCGGCACCUUGUUGACGUCAUCACUCAGAUGAAGUGGAAGAGCAUGAUGGUCUUUUUCGACGACUAUUAUGACUACUCUCACGUGCAAAGUCUGUUGUCAUUGACCCGCAAGACGUUCCUGGAGGUCAUUCUCCUUCGUGUGGAAAAAAUUACGGGCGGAAGUGACGUCACAGAGUGGGAGACGAGCGAGAAGGAGUCAACUUUUGUAGAGUACGGAGAAAAACUGCGACGUGCAGUUGUUUUGUGUUCUGUGAAAAACUCUGUCCGGCUGGUGAAACAGGCGUCAGGGGCGGGGAUAUUUACUGCAGAACACAACUGGAUCAUUGCAAACAAGGAAGUAACCUUGGAGAAGUUGCGACCCGUUCACGCGUCGUCUGGUGUCUUCACAGUAAUGCGCCGUCCCUUGUCUUAUAACGAGUACACGAACCGCUUUCUCAGGCACUGGGCAACACUGGACAUUGAUGACAAAGACGUUAGGACACUUCAGGACGCAAGAUUAUCUGCAGCAUACAUGUAUGACGCCGUACAUCUUCUAGCCAGCGCGUUUUCUUCCCUUCUGAACACGAGGGGCUGGAUAGGACCCAAUCGACUCACGUGUAAAACGGAUGCAUUGACACCUUGGAAUGGCGGCCUGAUGUUCAUGGACACACUUAGACAGGUGCAGUUCCCAGGAGUCAUGGGGAGGUCAAAGUUCGGCGGCAGCGGCUACAACGCCGACGCGCAUGUGCAGAUCCUGCGACUUGACAGAAGACAAAACAAGACAAAGAUGAAACAGAUCGGCGUGUGGGACCCCUUGGUCGGACUAAAACUGAAACAAGAAACGCAGCAGCGUCACAACACCAACAACAACCGGACAUUCAGGGUCGUUACGUUAACGGAAGAGCCCUUCGUCUUUAGAACAGACGGAUUGGACGGGCCCGAAUUUUCCGGAUUCUGUGUGGACCUUUUGAAACAACUGUCAAUCAUGCUGGACUAUGACUACGAGCUUUACGAGGUGCAUGAUGGGAAAUACGGAAGCCGGCGAGUUGAUGGGACGUGGAACGGGAUGAUAGGUGACGUCAUGACUGGGAGAGCGGAUUUCGCAGUGGGUGCCAGUGUCGUAACUGCCACUCGGGAAGAAGUAGUGGACUUUACCUUGAGGUUCAUGGACUUUUCCUUGGGAAUUCUCAUGAGAGAAACUGAGGAUGACAACUACUUCUUCUUCCUGCAGCCUUUCCACCCAAAGGUGUGGCUGUGUGCGGCUGCAGCCCUGUGUGUCGUCUGCGGAGUGCUGCUGCUUCUCCAUCGCCAACAGCCGGACAAGAACAUGUUGUCGGCCCGCGCGACCAGGCAGAAGUCAAGCUACACGUGGUUUACUUACAGUUCACUUCUAAAGCAAGGUGGAUACUUUGACUUGCGUCACGUGUCCAGGAAGAUUUUGGCGGGAGUGUGGUGGCUCUUUACGUUCUUCCUUUUCUCGUCCUACACGGCAGAGAUGGCCGCCAUUUUGACGGUUACCCGGAUGGAGAACCCCAUCACCUCACUUGAAGACCUGUCGUCCCAAACAGAACUUCCGUCAGUACCACUUUGAUAACACUCUAGCGUGUAACUUCAUGUCUGGACAAAUAGGACAGAUACCACAGUUAGACCUGUCCAUAGAAAACAUGAAAAUACAGCUGAAAAAAAGCUUCAUAGAAGUACAAACCUAAAUUUCAACAUUAAUGAUUCU